AUGGCGGAGCCCUCCCAGGCCUUCAAUGGCCCCCGACGGCAACAAACCUUCCCGCGACAGCCAGAGGAACUACACAUCCCUGCGGCGAGCAGCUCAUUAGCUUCCAAUGGUCCUCGACCAGGCCAGAAUCAAUUUCCUUCUGCCCCUGAUUAUGGUGCGCCGUCAAUCAAUAUUCAACCUUCCCAAUUCUCCAGUCAUGCGAAUAACAACACCACUUCACUCCCGGGAGCAUUGCAACCGGGACCCGGAAACCGACCAGGUCUUCCCAAUACUACUGGCCCGCCAGCGAUACAAAUGCUACCGCACCUGGCUACCCAACCUCUCUCACCAAACACUCCUUCAAAAUCUGGCCAACAACAAGCUUUCUCCAGAUCCAGUCCGUCCGCAUUUGAUCAACCGAAAUUCAACCAAGUAGGGAGCACGCCGGAUAAUGGAAAGUACAUUUCGCCAACGACAGGCACUUAUGCCACACAGACUCCGCAGGCGCCGUCUCCAUACUCGCCUUUAGGAUUGGCUGAUAUCAGACCCCAUAUUGAUUCUGCAAUGUCGGAAGACACAAGCAGCACGGUGACAGGAGGUAAUAAUGGCGAUGCGCCAUAUUCCACAAACAGCAAUCACAUUGCCCCAUGGGCAGUAUACGCCUUGGACUGGUGUAAAUGGCCUCCUCCUCCAGGAGGAUCAUCGUUCGGAAAAAUCGCUAUAGGAAGCUAUCUUGAAGACAGUCACAACUAUAUUCAAAUUCUAAGCGCGCAGCGUGCUUCUUUAGAUGCCCCGGAAUCCUCUGACGGAAACCCGGGUUUGGAUUUUAUAAAGACUGCGGAAGCCACACAUUCGUACCCGGUGACCAGAAUAUUAUGGGAGCCACCCUCGUCUCAAAAGCAAUCAACCGAUCUAUUGGCGACUUCGGGUGAUCAUUUGCGGCUUUGGUCACUGCCGGCGGACUCGCACUCACAAUCUUACAUGAGUAACUCCAUCAAUCGAUCCAGCAAGUCGAGAAAUCAGCCCAUACAAAAGCUUUCACCUCUCGCCCUUCUUUCCAAUUCUAAAUCACCGGAACACACUGCUCCAAUAACAUCAUUGGACUGGAAUGUUGUAUCUCCAAGCCUAAUUAUCACUUCCAGCAUCGACACGACAUGUACUAUAUGGGAUAUUCCUACGCUAACAGCUAAGACGCAACUGAUUGCUCAUGAUAAAGAAGUCUAUGAUGUCAGAUUCUGUGCCAAUAGUGUUGAUGUGUUUGUUAGCUGUGGUGCGGAUGGGAGUGUUCGGAUGUUUGACCUGCGGAGCCUGGAGCACAGCACGAUUAUCUAUGAACCGUCCGAGAAGAAUGAGAAGUGGAAUCUUACACCACCCUCUCACAACGCCCCUUGGCCCCCGCCAUUAUUACGGAUAGCUGCCUCCCCCCAUGAUGCCCAUCUCCUUGGCACCUUCUCCCAAGACUCCAACGUAAUCCGCAUACUUGACGUACGACAACCCGGCCAAGCCCUUCUCGAAUUAAAAGGCCACGCAGGCCCGAUAAAUUGUAUCGAAUGGUCUCCCACUCGACGUGGCACCAUCGCCUCAGGUGCAGACGACGCUCUCGUUUUAAUCUGGGAUCUUAUCAAUCAAAGCAACGCCGCAACCGUACCACCCGCUCCACCUCACCCGAAUCAUAGCAGCACCCCCAAUGCGCCCACUACUGUUGAGCGUGGGCCGGCUGCCGCUUGGCAAUGCGAAUAUGAGGUUUCGAACAUUAGCUGGGCACCGCAUGCGAGUGGUGGCAUGGCCGGGGCUCCAAGGGGUUGGCAGGGAUUGGGUAGGGCAUAG